UGAGGCGCAACGAGGCACGCGCGCGUUGACGCUCGAAUCUUGACGUCGGAACGCAAUCGACAAAUCAACGAGGCUGUUUGCGCGUUUCACGCGACGCGGCAAAAAACUACAACGCGUCCAUUAUCAACGAAGUUGUCAAACUUCAAACGCGGCUGUUUUUGACUGCAAGUUCACGAGAGUCCAAACAAUGCGCUUACAGUGUGGAAGGCAAUGAUCGCGUCUAGUUCGGUCGCGUCGUUCGCAGUGCGGAGACGGGCUGUUUGAAACAGCUGCUCUAGUGUGUUUAUGAAGAGCAAAGCAAUGGAGACGCGUCUCGUAGUGUGUUUGCUGCUCUUUCUGACGCUCUGCGUGGAUUUGGGAUUCGAAUUCGGACAGAAUAAGGACUCUGAGUUCACUUUCCUUCUACCUGCAGGAGCAACAGAGUGCUUCUUCCAAACAACCUCUAAGAACGGCAAUAUAGAAGUGGAGUACCAGGUGAUUGCAGGCGCAGGGCUGGACGUGGGCUUCACUCUGAUCUCCCCUGGUGGAUACAGACUGGUCUCCGACUUCAGAAAAUCGGACGGCAUCCACACGGUGGACCCCACUGAGGAGGGCGACUACAGGAUAUGCUUUGAUAACAGCUUCAGCCGUGUUUCAGAGAAGAUGGUGUACAUGGAGGUGAUCGUGGAUGGACCAGAGGAGGAGACUGAGGAUGAGGAUGACUGGGCUGCUCUGGCUGAACCGGAGGACUCGCUGGAGUACAAACUGGAGGAUAUCAGGGUACACCAAUCAAAUAUCUCUUCAUUCAUUGCCAAGACACAAUGGAUGCUGUGCACAAGAACCUGGAGCGAAGCCGUCAGCUGCAGACGACGCUGCGGGCGUUCGAGGCUCGCGACCGCUACCUGCUGGAGGAUAACCUGUGGCGGGUUUCCUUCUGGUCCAGCGUCAGUUUGCUGGUCAUGGUCUGCGUGGCCCUCACACAGGUCUACACGGUACGCAGAUUAUUCAGUGACAAACACAGAGUCUGCACAUAGCAGAGAUGAACUGGGGGAAGAUGCCGUAACACUGUAUGCACUCACUGUUAACGUAAAAUACAAACUAAUGGAAGUGAGGAAACUCUCAGGUAAAAAAAAAAAACCCUCUAGUUUAUGUCGUGUUUAGAGAUAUCAAUGAAUCUGAAAUCUUGGAGCUUGACUCAGUUUUAAUUGUAAGAGUUUCCUUUAGAGCACUAACUAACUGGUAAACACUAAAUUUACUUGAAGUACUGUAGCAACAUUUGAAUGUGAAUGUAAUUUUGUACUUGAAUGUAGUUAAAAUAAUUUAUGAGACGUUUGAAAUGAAUAACAUUGCAGUAAAUUGUGAGGAACAUGUUUCUUAUGGAUUUAUAUGGCAGUAAAAUAAAGAUCCAAGGGAA